UUACCACUAAAAAUAUGGAAAGAGCUCUUUUUUAAGUAAUUCUUUUGAAUAUUUGAAAAUUUACGUGAAGUUUUUCUGUUACUAAAUCGUAAGAAAACUAAUAUAUCAAGCUGUGUAUGAAUGCUGAAAUAUAACUGACUGGUUUACUUUUCACAUACUUAGGCCUUCAGAACAUUUCUCGAGUGACAUGUGCAUUCCUCUUCUGCACCGAAUAACAUAAUUAUGCUAAUUAAAGUUAUAUACCAUAUUUUUUCACACGAUUAUUAUUUUGGAUAAAUUAAACCAGCAUUUUUCAAAUUUUCGAGUUAAUACAUGUACGAGCAUCCAGUUGUUAAUCAUUGCUUAAUUAAUAAUGCAACCAAUUUAAUAUAAAUAGCAACUAAGUUUCAAGCAAAAUAAAACACCGUUGGAAAAUGUUCAUAGGAAUUGCUGGACCAAUUUGUUCUGGAAAACAUUCUAUCGCAAAGUGGCUUGUUACAACUCGCGGUUUUACAUUACUUUCACUUAAAGGCACUGAACAUUAUGGUUUUAACGCGUUACAUUUUAAUACUCCAAAAGACUUAUUAUUUUAUGUUACGAAGAAUUGGAUAGAUAACUUUGUGACUUGUGAUAUUGAUAACCAUAAAAUUCUCGAAUUAUAUAGGAAACGACCAUUCUUCUUAUUGUUGGCUGUAGACAGUCCUAUAACAAUGCGUUAUCAACGAUGCAUUUUUCGUUGUCGAGAAUUCGGACUAACUGAACCAACAUUGGAUGAAUUUAUUAUUGCAAGUGAUCAAAAUUUAUUCAAUGCUAACGCCCCAAGUAAUGAAUUCUCAUUAUCAAUUACACAAGAACGAGAAACAUCGAUGGCAUCAGAUGAAGAUGAUGAUUAUAAUACUGCUACAUCAAUAUAUGAAAUAAUGUCACUUGCAGAUAUAUGUAUAGCUAAUUCGUACUUGUCGUUACCACCUCUUUAUUCUUACCUUCUUAAUAUAAAUAUUACAGAUCCAGAUCGAUUAAGACCAACAUGGGACACUUACUUUAUGCAUCUAUCUGAUUUAGCAGCUUCUAGAUCUAACUGUAUGAAACGUAAAGUUGGCUGUAUAUUGGUGAAAAAUCGUAGAGUUAUAGCAACAGGUUAUAAUGGAACGGCAAAAGGACUAAAAAAUUGUAAUGAAGGUGGAUGUGAACGUUGUAAUGAUGCUUUACCAUGUGGAAAAGAUUUAGAUUAUUGUCUUUGUCUUCAUGCAGAAGAAAACGCGUUAUUAGAAGCGGGAAAAGAAAGAGUUGGCGAAGGAUGCAUUUUAUAUUGUAAUACAUGUCCUUGCAUAAGAUGUUCGAUUAAACUAAUUCAAAUUGGAGUUACUGAAGUUGUUUACCAUCGAUCUUAUGGUAUGGAUGAAAAAGCCACAAACAUUCUUAAAGAAGCCGGUGUAAAAUUACGUCAGCAUUCACCCCCAAGUAAAAUUUCUUCGUUAGAGAAAAAAGAUAUUAUAAACAUUGAACCAAUGGAACAAGUGUAAUAUGACUCAUUCAAUAAAUAGAUAUGUUACUGCUAAUAGUUAAUUUUAAUAUAAUUUCCCUUUUUAUGUAUAGUAAUAUAAAAUGAACAUGCUUCCGUGUUUGGCUUCCUAAUUCUAAAUAAAUUAAUCUGUGCGAUGUAAAUUUGUAUAACAUUAUUCAAAGUA